AUGGAGAAGUAUUCAGUUCGUCCUGAUCUCAAAGUAUCCGAGGACGAGAUCACUGGCUACGUUGAGCCAUGGGUUGUCUCUCCAGGCGAACGAGCCAGCGUCAAAAUUUCGUCCACGAAGCCUAACAUCAAAUAUCAACUCGUUCGUCUGCUGCAAGGGCUUGACAUGCCAGAUGCCCCUGCACCUGAAAAAGAGGUCAUCAAGGAUGGACCGACUGGAACACUCAAUGGACGGUUCCAAUGCGCUCAUCCUGGCUCUUAUGGUAUUGUCAAGGCUUGGGAGCGUGGACCAAUCCUAGCAAAUGCUGAAGGGUUGACGGUCGAAUUCUACACCCAGCCAUGGCUGUUGGAUUGCAAGUACCCGCAAGCUCUACUCUCGACCCUUGAUACAAAGAAAAACGCCGGCUUGGCGGUUCUCUUGGGCGUAGAGAACGAUCUGAUACUAUGGAUCGGCACUGGCACAAGGGUCGAGACCGUCCGCGUAGCCUUCGAACCUCACCGUGAGCGCUGGUUUCAUACCACCCUCACUUCCGGGAGCCCUCUGCUCUUCGCGGCCACAUAUGCCGCGAACCCCACAAGCAGUCACGAUAAACCGAUCCAUUUCUUCAGCGGUCGGCUGGAUUCACCGCGGUUCACUGCGUUAGGCCGCGUUGACUGGCCGGUCGCGACUUACGACUUCUCCAUUGGCAUCGACACAGACGAAAUCUUCGACAAAUCCGGCUCGGGCCUGGAUGGAAUCCUUAUCAACGCUCCCACUAGAGCUGUCCGCGGCCAUGACUGGGAUACAAGGCUAAUCGGCAAGAGCUGGAAGGAAGCUUCAUACGGCUAUGGUGCCAUACAUUUCCAUGAAGAUGACUUGGACGAUGCACGCUGGGACGAGGAUUUCAACUUUGAAGUCCCAGAACACCUACGCUCUGGUGCCUACGCCAUAGAGGUGACUGAUGUGGAGUCCAACCUCAAGGAUUCCAUCGUCUUCUUUGUGCGACCCAAGCAAGUCAGGCCCCAGGCCAGACUCUGCUUCAUUUUCUCAACCAUGACAUAUCUGGCAUAUGCCAACGAGCACAUGUUUGAUGAGACCAAGUCGACACACAUCUCUUUCCCUGAAGGUGUCCAGCUGGUGGCGUCUGAGAACUACCACAAGAUGGUGCGUCGCACUGAUCUGGGUCUUGCCAUAUAUGACCUGCACAGCGACGGCCACGGCGUCGUCUAUUCCACCUCGAAGCGACCGAUUCUGAACAUGCGUCCAGACUACAUUCACUGGGGCUUUCAAAGACCCCGUGAGUUCUCUGAAGAUCUUCUCAUGGUUGGUUUCCUGGAGAAGUUGUUUGGUGAUGGCUAUGACAUCCUUACCGACCAUGAUCUACACCUUCGUGGCGCUGCAGCCCUCGCGACCUACGAUAUUGUGAUCACUGGCUGCCACCCCGAGUACCCUUCCUAUCAAACUCUAGACGCCUACGAGAAGUUCACUCAGAUGGGCGGCUCAAUCAUGUAUACUGGUGGUAACGGCUUCUACUGGAAGUCUGUCACGGAUCCGAAGCGACCCCACAGGAUGGAAGUCCGUCGUGCAGAUGUCGGGGCGCGCACUCACGAGAAUCCCAGCGGAGAGCGAGUCCAUUCGAUUGACGGCACUUUGGGCGGUCUAUGGCGCUCAUUAGGUCGGCCCCCGAACGUGCUGUUUGGCGUUGGAUCUUGUGCUUCUGGCAAAGGCCCGGGGCAACCGUUCAUACCCAACCAGGACGCCCUCAAAGAUCCAUCUCUGGCAUGGGUCUGGAAGGGUUUCAGCGACGAAGCCAAGAAGGUGUUCGGGACCACGGGUCUACACGGAUGCGCCUCGGGCGAUGAGCUGGAUCGAUACGAUGUGGGAAUCGGGUCCCCCAAAGACGCCGUCAUUCUUGCCACGAGCUCGCGUCACAACGAGCAAUUCAUGCUCUUUAACGAGGAGCUGAUUUUUCCUAUGAUCGGCACGCUGGGUCAUACCUCUUCUCUCGUGCGCAGCGAUAUCAUCUACUACCAGACCAGGAACUUGGGCAAUGUGUUUAGUGUGGGCAGUAUCAACUGGAACAACUCAAUGGCCUUUAACUCGUACCAGAACGACGUGGCUAGAAUCACGGAAAACGUGAUGCGCGAGUUCUUGGCGCGGGCAGAGGCAGUUCGGGCCGUGGAAAGAGUUUGA